GCCGAGGCUGACCAAUGGCGCAAGCGCUAGUGCGCCUCCAUCUUUGGGCCGCCAGAGUCCAGCGCUGUGGGCGGUUGCGGGAGAGCGGUGGGCUGUCAGUGCGACAGCGCGUUUCUUGCUUCCCGGCCUCGUUUCGCGCUGCCCGAAGCCGCGAUGCCUCAGUUCCAGACCUGGGAGGAGUUCAGCCGCGCGGCUGAGAAGCUCUACCUGGCGGACCCCAUGAAGGUACGUGUGGUUCUCAAGUACAGGCAUGUUGAUGGGAAUUUGUGUAUCAAAGUGACGGACGAUCUAGUCUGUUUGGUGUACAGAACAGACCAAGCUCAAGAUGUAAAGAAGAUUGAGAAAUUCCACAGUCAGUUAAUGCGACUUAUGGUGGCCAAGGAAUCCCGCAGUGUCGCUAUGGAAACAGAAUGAAUGGUUUGAAAUGAAGACUGUUAUGUUCUUGGGAAGUAAACAGCUUUUGAAACUGAGAAAGUGUUGGGACGGAAAUAUUUAUAUAACGGAGCUGUGGAAAGCUGGGAGACCAGCCUGUGUCCUAAGGUUUGUUUAGAGAGUAGGAAUGUCAGGGUUUUCAGUUAGAAAACCUUUAUUUUUGGAAAUUGAAUAAGGGAUAUCUUAAAACUUUUUGCCGAUAAUUUGAUGUUGGACAAAUAUAUAGUUAUUUUUUUCUGGUAAAUUCAUAUCAGUAACUUGUUGAAGAAUUGACAAGGAAAGUUCUUUCUAGAUUGUGUUUAAGAGGAAAUAAAAUGUAACUUUUGCUGCGUUGGUA